AUGAUGUUUUAUAGAUGUAAAACAGAUGUUGCGAAAUCUAGCGUGGAUUCGAAAUCAUCAGCCAUCAGCACCGAAGAUAUUCACAGGUUAACGGGAAAAAUUGCAACACUGGAAAACGAAAAAUUCGUCUUUGCAACGCAGCUAAAAUUAGCAAGGAACAAGUUGGAAAAUUUAGAACUACUUGAAGCGCAGAAGAAAAUUUUGGAAGAUCGUGUUGUAAUUUUGAACGAUAUGAAUGACUGUUUAGUGGUAAGGUUUUUCUUUUUUUUAUUUUCUUUUUUUUUUCAGUGA